GGCCUCCCUGCUGGACUUCCACCUGGGACUGGGCCCUCCUCUGGGGUCGGGGCUGGUGUGGAUUGGGGGCCUCAGCAGUGGACAAAGCCAGGAGAGGCAAGUAUGUGCUCUGGGGCUCCUCAGAUAAUGUGGCCUGGUUUCCGGUGCAGUGCAGAUGGGCAGGAGUCUGAGCAUCUGCCAGCCCCCAGCCUACCCAGGCCAUCCUCGCCCCAGCUUCCCCCGUGGUUAUAUGUGCCUACUGCAUUCUGUGGCUCAGGGCUGCUCCCCCCUGCACGGCCCCCUCUAAGGUCCUGCCAGCCCCUGCAGCCACGAUAGGCAUCGGUGGCUUUCACAGCUCGCUGCCUCCUUCCUGGUGCGACCAGGCUUGGCCUUCCAUAGGCUGGGGUUGGGUUGGGUAGGGAGGGGAACCAAGGGUCCUGCAGCUACAACUAAUAACUUCCUGGGAAGGUGGGACACAUCUCCAUGCGCACCCAGGAACGGCCCCCACAGUUGGGUUGCCCUCAGAGGAGGCACUAUUCCUGCCUGCACCAGGAUGGCCAAGCUGGGGCUAGGCUGGCCAGGCUGGGGCCAGUCCAAGCAGGACCUUUGGCCGCUCCAUUAACUGCAUUAACCUGGUGAUAGCAUCAGCCAGUCACCCCACCAUGAGGUGGUGUCCAGAGCGAGGGUGCUGGCUCACCAGGCACAGGGUGCUAUGGGUUGUAGACCAGGGCUGACAGAUGCCAGCCACGCAGUCUUCACUGGAGGCUUCCAGAGACUGUAGGAGAGCCAGAAGGUGCUGGAGGAACCCCAGAUCCUAAAUCUGAGGCACACCCACCCCUGGGCACCCCAGGUGUCUGCUGCACCCUGAUUUCUUGUGCUGGGAGUAGCAUUGCUUCACAUGAGCAGAGACAGAACAAACCUGCCCGCCUGCUGGGGGUGGCAAGAGAGUGACCUAGCCAGCAGGUCACCUUCCCCAAGGCUCUGCCAAAAAAGUCCUGUCUGCAGGCUGUGUCCCGGGGCUGCUCCUGGUUGCGUGGGGCGGGUAUCUGGGAGGGGAGAGGUCUAGCCGAGAGGUAACUGGAAGAAUGUCCAGGGAGGGUGAGGCCCCCUGAAGCCUGAGGCGGGAAGAGAACGAGGUUUACAAUCCAGAGCUUUGCUUGCUCCCCCCCACCACCUCACUCCCUCCUGCUCACGACCACUAGCUUGUCCCUGCAGGGAACCUCUCCCCCCAGCCUCUGCAGGUCCUGGUCUCCAACAACAGAGGUUGCCUCCCCUGCCCAUGGACUUGUCGCUGCAGGGAACCUGCUCCUUGCCCCCACUUCCCCCUCAGGCCUCCGUCUCCAACAACAGAGGGUAAACAGGAACAACACUGUUCCCGAGCUGGAGCACAGCUGAGCAGAAGCAGAACCAUUGCAGAGCGGGAGCAGGGAGCCUGGCCUCAGCUGCAAAGAAGCUAAGGCCGUGACUUUGCCUACCUGCCUACUCUCUGGUCUCCUGUCACUGAUUCUCUGGCCUCCUGCUCCCCCCAGAACUGGCCAGCUGCUCUGAGGGCUUGCCCCUCAAACUGGACCUGGCUGGACCCCUUACUUGUUCCCAGCAGCCCAGGCUGCUUGGGCAAAUCAUGGUCCCUACAGGGGCUGCAGGCGGACCCCGAGGCCUGCACUGCUCCUCAGAUGGCCUGCUCUUCCUGACAGCUGGGGCAGCAACCUGUGUCCAUGUGCUGGACCUGGAGGGACGGUCCAUCUGUCAUCUGCCCUGCCACACACCGAGGGCUGGGCCUUUUGUUCCAGAGGAUGUGGCUGUGACCGCUUCAGGGCUUGUGGUGGUCAGCGACCUUGUACAUGGAGCUGUCCAUGCUCUCAAGCACACUGCCUGGGACCCACAGGGCCACUGGGUGAUAGCAGGCACUUUUCCAUCCCCCCGAGGGCUGGCUGUAGAUGCUCUUGGCCGCUUCCUGGUAACAGACUAUGUAGUUGGAGCUGUGCACAUCUUCAAGUUGGGCCCCACCUGGGAGCCCAGAGCCCUGCCCUCAGUGCUGGGUCUAGAGGGCCCUUGCUGGGUAGGCCCAGGGCCUGAAGGGGGCCUGGCUGUGAGCGAGGAGUUUGGGGAUGUUCAGCUAUUUGGCAGUGCCUGCCAGCCCCUGGGCUCUCUGGGGACUCUGACUGGACACAGCUUUGGCCACCCUGCAGGUGUGUGCUCUGACUCAGAGGGCAACAUCAUUGUGGCUGAUGAGCAGAGGCGCAAGGUGAUCCUGUUUCCUCGGGCUGGGCCCCCCAUCUGCUUGCUGUUGGAGGGGCUGAAGCGGCCUUUGGGUGUGGCCUGUGUACCCCAAGGCCGACUUGUGGUGGCAGAUUCUGGAGACAACUGCAUCAAGGUGUACCAGUACCUCGGGGAACUGGACUGACUGAUGGUGGACUCUGAUGAAAGUACCUUUCGCCAUCCUGACCAGCCUCCAGGCCAUUAAACCAUACCACAGGGGGUCAGUGGGGUCCUGUGGGGCUGCUGGCCAUACUUCUGACUCUGAGAUCCAAUGUACCUAGCCCUGGGCUGGUCUUGUGUCUUUCUCUCAGAGAACUAUGAAUCAGCUGACUCCUUCAAGGCUCCAAAGCUGGGCCUUUCCACAUCCCUGCUCAGUGUGCCCCUGGCCCUGUUCACUGUUCCCAUGUCCACUUAAGUCUUGGCUCUGCUGGCUCAGAUCCCAGAAGCCAGAGCUCUGGCAGCUGAGCCUU